AUGGCCGCGCGACCGCUCCUCCGGUCCCGGGCCCUCCGGAGCCUCUCCUCCGCCCCGGCGAGGAUAUCCCGACCCUUUUCCGCAAGCACCACGCGCUGCCUCCAGCAGCAGCAGCAGCAGCAACAGCAGAAUGCGACCACCAGCUCAGGCAGCAGCCCCGGCGAGAAGACGACGCACUUCGGCUUCGAGACCGUCACCGAGUCGGAGAAGACGCAGCGCGUCGCCGGCGUCUUCACCAGCGUCGCCGAGUCGUACGACAAGAUGAACGACCUCAUGUCCUUUGGCUGGCACCGCAUCUGGAAAGACCACUUCGUCACCUCGCUCUCCCCAGGCCUCUCCUCCCCGUCCCACCCGCAGGCGCCGCAGCACAUCCUCGACAUCGCCGGCGGCACGGGCGACAUCGCCUUCCGGCACCUGCACCACGCGCACGUCCUCAACGCCAACCCCAACGUGGCCGUCACCAUCUCGGACAUCAACCCGGCCAUGCUGGCCGUCGGCCGCCAGCGCGCCGCCGAGCGCCUGCCGCUGGCCUCCCAGCGCGCGGCCCUCUCCUUCCUCGAGGCCGACGCCACCGACCUGCGCGCCGCCGGCGUCCCCGACGCCUCGGUCGACCUGUACACCGUGGCCUUUGGCAUCCGCAACUUCACCGACAUCCCCGCCGCGCUGCGCGAGGCCUACCGCGUGCUCAAGCCGGGCGGGGUCUUCGCCUGCCUCGAGUUCAGCAAGGCCGACGCGCACCCGCUCUUCAACGCCGUCUACAAGCGCUGGUCCUUCAGCGCCAUCCCGCUCAUCGGGCAGCUCGUCGCCGGCGACCGCGACAGCUACCAGUACCUCGUCGAGAGCAUCGAGAGGUUCCCCAGCCAGGAGCAGUUCCGCGACAUGAUUGUCGACGCCGGGUUCGUCGUCGGCGGCACCGGGUACGAGGACCUGACCGGCGGCGUGGCGGCUAUACAUAAGGGUGUCAAGCCCAUCGAGAGGAAGUAA